AUGAACCCGUUAACCACGGUGAGACUGAUUAGCAAGCUGAAUGAGUGGGAGGCCAAAACAGGCGUGCCAGCUAAGGCAUCAUGGCACUCCGUGUACAAGGACAGUGCCUGGAUCUUUGUGGGAGGGCUUCCGUGUGAACUGACCGAGGGAGAUAUCCUGUGUGUAUUCUCCCAGUAUGGGGAGAUUGUCAACAUUAAUCUCGUGCGGGAUAGGAAGUCAGCGAAGUCAAAAGGAUUCUGUUUUAUCUGCUAUGAAGAUCAGAGGAGUACAAUUUUGGCUGUCGACAAUUUUAAUGGCAUUAAAAUCAGGGGAAGAACCAUCCAAGUCAACCAUGUAUCUAACUAUCGCCCCCCUCCGGUCUUUGAGGAUGUGGAUGGUGCCACCAAAGAGCUCUGGGAGCAGGGCUGUGGGCCGCAGACCCCAUCGAGUUCAUCUGAAAGUUGCGAUGACAAAGCACUUUCCCAGCAGCAAAGACGAGGAAAACGGAGCAGAAAUAAGAUCAAAGGGAAGGCUGUACGAGUUAAAGACAAGUAG